AUGGGAGCUGAGAAUUACACUUCCACCAGAGAAUUCAUCCUACUUGGGCUCACCAGCCAUCCCAGAUCCCGGCUGCUACUCUUUGUGGCUGUUCUCCUUAUCUACUUGCUUACCAUCCUUGGGAACUCUCUGAUCAUCAUACUGGUGUGGGCUGAUUCCCAACUGCAUACCCCCAUGUACUUCUUUCUCAGCCAUCUUGCCGGCAUGGAGAUCGGGUAUGUUACUAGCACACAGCCGCAGAUGUUGGCCCACCUUUUGAGUGGAAAUGGAACCAUCUCCUUAGCACGUUGCACACUGCAGGGUUACAUCACUCUGGCCAUGGGUAGUACUGAAUGUUUGCUCUUAGGAGCCAUGGCUUAUGACCGCUACUUGGCCAUCUGCCAUCCAUUGGUAUAUGCAUUGGCCAUGGACAGGUUGCACCAAAUCUUGCUUGCCACAUCCUGUUGGACCAUUGGUUUUGGGUUCUCUGCAAUUUAUGUCAUCUGCACCUUUUGUCAUCCCUUUUGUGGCCCCAACUACAUCAACCACUUCAUCUGUGAACCACCUGUUGUGCUAAAACUUGCAUGUGGUGACACAAGAAUCACUAAAGUCAUUGGUUUUGGUCUUUCAACUUGCAUUGUUCUUGUUCCCCUUUUUGUUAUCCUGACUUCCUAUGCGUUCAUUUUGGAUUCUGUAUUGCACAUGCGGUCAACAGCAGGAUGGCAUAAGGCUUUCUCCACCUGUGGUUCCCACCUUGCUGUGGUAAGCUUAUUCUAUGGCACAAUUAUCUCUAUGUACAUUGUCCCUCAGUCGGACUCAGCCCCUGAUCAUGACAAGAAAAUUGCUGUCUUUUACCUUGUGAUCACUCCCCUUCUUAACCCCAUCAUUUACACCCUGAGGAACAAAGACAUCCAUUCAGCAGUACUCAAAAUGCUGAGAAGAUGGGACCUUGAAGAAAAAAGAUGA